ACAAAUAUAACACAAUCCCCCAAUUCUCUCUUUCUCUUUUCUCUUUUUUUUUUUUCUCUCUCUCUCUCUCUGAGCUAACUUUAGAAAGGGAUCCCAAUGUUGUUGCACCCCACCAACCGCCAUUUCUUCAGCUGAAAGCUUCUUUCUUUCUCUCUCUCUCUGUCUCAUGCAACAACCAGCACACCCUAUGUCCCAUUACUGUAGUUAGUGAUUAUUAGCAAAAGAGAGAGAGAAAGAGAAAAAGGAGGAUACUUAAAUAUGGAUGUGAGCAGAAGAAGAGUUGGAGUUAGAAGCAGUGUGGUUGCAGGGUCAGUGUGGGAAACCAGAAUGAAGAGUGAUCAAGUUCGAGGUGGAGUUAAGGUUUUCAAUGCAGAUGAAAACGGUUCUGAAGAAGGUGGCACCGCCAGAUUCAAGAGAACUCAAAUUGGGGUUGCUAUUCCCACCGGAAAGAGGAAAACUUGGAAAUCAGAUAGCCCUGACGGAUCAGAAAAGACCCCAAUUCACAUUGCCAGAGGAAAAACAGAGCAACAACAGAGCAAUACCGUUUCCUCUGAUGAAAUCACCCCCAAGAAGAGCCCAAUUCUGGUGAGGAAGAAGAUUAUCAGGACCCAAGGGGCCAAGGAGGUUCCUGUUGGUGGAAGAAGCAGCCCAAUUCAGGCUUCUAGAAAGCUAAGAUCUGAAGAGCAAGAAGAAAAAGAAGAACAGAAUGGGAACCCAGAUUCAGUUAAGGCUGAGGAUCAAUCUAUGAAGGGUGUUUCUGAUGGGAAUGGAGAAAGUUCAAUUCAGCCGAGGGAGACAGAAUCAGAAUCCAAUCGUGAUUUGGCUGAGGAAUCAAUUAAUGGGAUUGAUGAAUCAGGAUCAGGACCAGAUGGUGUUUGUGGAAAUGUCCUAACGGAUGAGAGUUGCAAGGAUUUUGGUGUGUGCCAGGACAAGGUCAUUUCAAGCACUUCAGACAAUGCAGAUGAAGAGGAAGAUGAAGAUGUGGAUGAAGCUGUUGAUAUUGAGAUGGAGAAGAAUAGCUUUGUUGUCAAGGAAAUCAGUGUACCGGAAUCCAUGGUUGCUAAUGAGCCAGAAAAGAAGGUGAUUGUGAAUGAACCUGAAAAGAAAGAGAUUGUGAAGGAACCAUUAAAGAAGGUGGUUGUGAAGGAACAAGAAAAACACAAGAUUGUGAAUGAAUCAGAACCUAAAAAGAUUGCAACUACACGAUUUCAUCAAAAGAAUGAGAGGCCAGUGUCUUCCCCUAUUACUGUGAAGCAAUCUCCUCCAGUUAGAAGACAAUCCACAAUUUAUCAGAAUUUCCCCAAAACUAAUUCAAUUCCAAAGGCAGAAGCAUACAGAAGCUUUCCACAAACCCAGAGCAAAUUGCAGAGUCUAGUGGAUUUAAUCAUGUGGAGAGAUAUCUCAAGAUCAGCAUUUAUGUUUGGGACUGGAACAUUCCUUAUAGUAUCAUCUUCUUAUGCAAAGGAUAUUAACCUGAGUCUUAUUUCAGUAUCUUCCUAUUUCGGUCUAGUGUAUCUAGCUGUUAUCUUUCUCUACAGAUCUCUAAUUUGCAGGGGAAUCAUAGAUGUAGAUAACACAAAUUAUGUGCUGGGAGAAGAAGAAGCCAUUUGGUUGCUAAAGUUGAUUCUGCCUUACUUGAAUGAGUUCCUGUUAAGACUUAGAGCUAUGUUCUCUGGAGAUCCUGGUACCACAAUGAAGUUGGCAGUUUUGCUCUUUGUUUUAGCCAGAUGUGGCAGCUCCAUAACUAUUUGGAAGAUGGCCAAAUUCGGCUUCUUUGGAGUAUUUACCCUGCCAAAAAUCUGCUCCUUGUAUUCUACACAGAUAACUGCAUAUGCAAAUUUUUGGAUUCGUCGAUUCCGGGACGCAUGGGAUUCAUGCUCUCAUAAAAAGGCUGUGGCUCUGGGCAUCUUCGGCCUCGUAUGGAAUUUGUCAUCAGUUGUUGCACGCAUUUGGGCAGUGUUCGUGCUAUUUGUGGCGUUCAGAUAUUAUCAACAACAUUAUUUGGUGAAAGAUGAAUGGGAGGAAGAUGAAGCAGGAUGUGAUGAAACAUGGCAUGAACAACAUGUUGGAGUGCAGAGACAAAGGCGUGCACCUAAUUUAGUUGUUGACACACACAAUAAAGUAAAGAAAGGAUACUAAUAAUUUAUAGUGUGUGUAUGUGUUGUGGGUACCACAUUUAGCAGCCUUACCCAUUGGCAGAGUGACAAUAUCUUUUUUCAUUUUCUACUUUCUCAAAUUAUUUUUCUUUACCUAUAUCUAUAGUUUUUUAAGUUCCAUAUAUUAUAUAAUCUUUUAGUCAUUACAAAGAUUAUUCAAGUUUAGAAGGAAAAAAGAUCCAUAAGUACAAGUGGAAAUGAAAACCCACUUGGAUAUUUAUGGUUUGUAAUA